AUGGAAGAUGACUGCAGGGACCCAGGGCAUGCCCAGCACAGCUCUCCUGCCUCAGGGUCCCCUGUGCUCCCAGGGCUGGGGAUCUUGCCCCUGCUCCCUCUUCUCUUUGCGCCACUGUCUGUCUGUGUGAGCUCCCCUGCUGAGGUUGCCAAGGCAUUGAAUAACAGAUGUGAAGAAACAAAGAGCCCGCAAGGAAUAAUUCCAGAUGCAACUGUCCUCAUGGGAAAAAUAUUCUAUUAUCCAGUGCCAGCGUUUGCCUUUCAGGGAAGGAUAACUCAGUACAAGGUCACUUUAGCCAGUGGUGCAGAUUUGCCAAAAUGGUUGGAAUUCAGCCCCAAAACAAACAUGCUGCAAGGGCUGCCAAUGGCAGGGGAGGGAGGAGCGUACCUGCUCAACCUUGCUGCCUCUGGAGGGGACCCUGACCAGGAAACACUGAGGGCUGCUGGAAAUUUCACCAUCCAUGUGAAGGACAGCAGUUUAUCCUUGGAAAUGCAGAGCUUGAAACACAUGCCAAACAGCUACAGGUGUGGGAAGGAAGCUCCCAUCACUUAUGCUGAAAUCAUUCUCUCUGCUGGAGCAGCAGCCCUGGAAGUUCGGGAGCGCCUGUCUGUGGUGUGCAGGAUGGCAGAGUACCUGCACCUGGACAGUUCCCUGCUGACCCUGCUGCAGCACACAGGCCCAGCAGCCAGGGGCUCACAUGUCCUGGCUGAGGACACUGGGCACAUCAACCUCAACACCAACCACUACGUGGGGCUCUCCUGGCCCGUCACGUGUGGGGGCUUUGCCCUGCUCCGUGAAUUCAUCCAGGUCUUGCAGCACAACAUGAACUCACAUCACCUCUCACAGCUGCUAGGGUAUGAAAUUGCAGGCUGGAGAAUACUCAGGAGAGGGGAGUAUGAAAGAAAGUCUCCAAGACUACACCGCAGGCAAUUAAUGAUCACACCAACACCUGCAUUAAAACCAACUAGAAUUAUCCAGAGACCAGCUGCAGGAGAGGCUUCCAGACCUUUGUUCUUUCCUGUGCCAAGCCAAUUACUCACACCACUUGUGCUAUCACCUACUCAGAGCUUAUCAACUUUCUGUGCAGAAAGUAUAACCAUGGCAAGUUACAAGAUGCAGAAUGAUAUCCACCUUGUAAGUCAGGAAAGCUUGGUCACCUUAGAAAUGGACUCAGCACAGGACAUGCCAACUAACCCCACAGUACCCAUUAUGUUUGCAGACUCUCAUUUUCCAGAUCUUUCACCUUCACUGAUGACUAAAACGAGGCUUCUCUUCUCUGAACUGGAAGUGCUGCCUGCUAGAGCUUCUGGUACAUGGUUGAUGUUAGAGCAGCCAGAGUCUCCAAUGCCUGAGGUAGACUCCUAUUUCCUUUCCAGUAAAUCAGAGAUAUCCACAUACCAUCUCCUAGAGGACAUCACUUCAGGCACAGAGCAGCUUUCCAGGCCAUGGGUGAUAAAUACUAUUCAAGAGUGGCCUCACAGCUCAGCAGUGGAAUUUUCUCCCAAGACAGAAUUACACCCAUUUUUGCCAGAAUCAAUGUCAGUAUCGGAAGUGCCAGAUUACAGCAAUGAGGCAGAAAGCCACUUUUCAGAACUUGAAAAGUUUUCUGAUGCAACCCUCUGUCCAGAAGCACUCCCUUCACUAUUCCAAGAAGCUUCAGUGAGGGCCACAACUUUGUCUGGCUUCAUAUCUCCCAUCAAGGACACAUUCCCAGCUGUCCUAGCAAGCAGCAGUCUGAGCCAAGUGUUCACUAAUGGCUGUGAACCUCAAUCUAAACCUUCUAUGACUAUCCCACAGCCCAGUGGCUUUUCAUUUGAUGGAGGGAAAAGCACAGCUUCUUCUGUGGCCCAAAGAGAAGCACAGACCCUCUAUUCCAAAUUGAUUUUCAGUGCUGAAGCUAGCUCAGCUAGCUUUCCUCACACAUUAACCAGCCCUGUCCCUGGUAAAACUGAAGCACCUCAUGAACCAAGUCUGAUCACUCUGUCCCACGCUGACACCACUCCAGUCCUUACUGUGCUAGAAGACUUUUCUGCCUUUCACAUGUCCAGGCUAUCCAGACCAGCAAAUACAUUUCCUCCUUACAGCAGCAGCAUGCUCAGAACAGAGGCACAACCCACAAGGAUUCUACCCAGUGGCACAGAGGAAUUGCUUUCAGACAAAGACCUGGACACAAGUGGGAUUUUGCCAAAUGUCACUGAACCUACCUUGGAGUCUCACAGCAUUUCAGGCAUCAAGCCAGAUGCUGUAGAAGCACCUCUGGUGACUUUAUUUAAUGCCACCUCUCACCUGCCCAGCAGCAUACCAAAGGUGGGUGAGACACUGCUGCCAUCACACCUGGAUCCAAGCACCCGGCUGUUUCCCUCAUCUGAAAGACUACAUUUUGUGGAAAGUGGGUGGAUUCUUCCUCCAUUUUCUGCUUCACAAGAGCUGCAGACAGUAACCCAAGGGCAAGCAAACACUUCCCCAAAGGUUGUUCAUUCCAUUAAAUUCCUAACAGCAACCAUCGGAUGCCUGUUCUUUUUCCCUAUACCUGCCAACACAUUUUAUGACAAGGAAGACGGCAACUCCACUCAGUUAUCCCUAGAAAUCCUCCCAGCUGAUGGCUCUCUGUCGGGAUCCACGAGCUGGCUGCAGUUUAACAGCUCCCAGCAGGCCAUGCACGGCUAUCCCCUAGAGAUGGACUUCCAGUAUUCCCCUCAGGAGUUUGUGCUGUCUGCCACAGAUUCCGGAGGUCUGACAGCCUGGCAAUCCUUCACCAUCGAGCUCCUGAAGCCUUCCGAGCUACCGUGCCACCUCUUCACUGUGCGGACCAAGAACAGCUACUCCUCUUUCCUGAGGGAGAGGAAAAGGGUGGGUUUGUUCCUGGAGAAGCUCUCCCUCUUCCUGAACUCCAGGAGCCGCAAGGACAUUGUGCUGACAGCUCUCCAGCCCGGCUCCACGCUCAUCUCCUGGUACAACAGCUCGCUGUGUGUAAGUGCCAACAGAUCUUCCAGCUGGUGCGGGAAAGACGAAAUCCAGCAGGCACUGGAGAAACUGAGAGUGCCAGCUGGGUCUGUGAGCCCACAGUUUGUCCAAGCAAUGCUGCCAGAGUACAGAAUCGAUGUGACUUUCGGCAUUUCCUACACUGAGGACUGCCCAGCCAGCACAAAGCCGUUCCUCAGGCCUUGCAGCAGCACUGGGCCGACACUCCAAGCCAAGAACGACUCCAAGAUGCGGAGCCCCCGUGCCUUACUGAGCAGUGUUUUUGCCACUGCUGGUGUGGGGCUGGCAAUAGUGGUCUGCUGGCUUUGCAGGUGUCCCAGGAGGAUUCCUGGAGCACAGCCUGUGAUGCUUCAGACAAACUCCCAGCUAAGCCACACUAAUGUGGAACUGGAUGCCCUGAGACCUCGCAAAGUCCCUGUACACGAGUGCAGGGCUUCACUUUCACCUCCGUUAUGGAUCCCACCUUCAGGACCACUUCCCUCCCAUGAGCAGAGUGCCAGGACGAUCCCUCACAUCGUAACACCUAUCCAGCCACCAAAAUACCGACUCCCUCCCCACUACCCAGAUGCUCUGACCACCCACCACAACCAGGGCAACAUCCAGAGGCUUAAGUCUUAA